AUUACCUGGUAAGCGAGUCCAGUGACGCUUCUGCGGGAAUCGGCCCGCACGUUGUGCUGGAGCUUCCGCGAGAAUCGGCGGCCGAUAGAAUCGAGAAUUAAGCGGUCCGUUUGGGUGGGAUUUUCGAUUUUUUCCAUCCACAAUUGGAUUAAAAGCGGAAACAAACACGCCAUCAAUCACUCGCGCAACGGCGGCGGGCGGGAAGAGACGGAGGGAAAGGAGACGGCCGCCGCCUGCCCGGCUCCACUCUGCUCCACGCCUCCACCGAAGCGAAGCGCCACCACCAAGUGUUUCGAAUUCUCCUCUCGCGACCGGCUACCUCCUCCUCGUCCUCCUGUCUACUGGCACGGGAUGGCCUCACGUGGAGGAGACCCUUCAGGAUUCGUCGGUCGAGGUGUAUGCAUGAUGAGCAACUCGUGGAGAGACAAGCAGCACCCCAACCUCAUCAACUUCCUCGCCACAUUCCUCGCUGCAAACUCAUACCGCCUCAACUUCCUGUCAGUUUCUCCGGACUUCAUCUUCAACAAUGGGGGAACAUCUGUUGCUUUUGUCUUUGAGACGAAUUGGGAUUCUGAAAAGGAAGCUGCUGUGUUCAGCAGGGUGAAUACACUGAAAAGGCAGUUCAAACAUCUUUAUGUUGCUGUUGUCCUUCCCACAGGAGAACAAAUUGACUCAUUUAACAAAUCAUAUUUCAAGUAUGGCAUGGAGCUCGGCUGUCCUACAUUUGUGCCUGUUUGUGAUCCAGAGAUGGGAUUUGAGAAGAUUGUAAGGAUAGCUCAUGCUCGUGGAGUUUGCAAGAAGCAAGACAUUAUCACAACUAUGAGGGAUGAGCGGGCACAAGCUGUUGAGUGCAUGGACGCAUUUUUACGAGUGCUGACCUCUAUUCCAGGUAUUGACAGUCAUGAUGCAAAUGCGCUUGCCCAAGCUAUUGGCUCCAUUGAAGCAAUUGCAAAGGCAUCCAAGGAAUUCAUCCUAGAAAACACUGAUCUUUCCACUGAAAAGGCAGAGAGGAUUUUCAGGUUCUUCAGGGAUCCACAGUACUACUUAAGCCCUAAAAUCAACUAAUUCUUGCAGGCAAAGUCCCUGUUAAAGUGGGCAAAAAUUAGUGUAGCGAUACCUGGAUCCUGCGUCCGAGGCAAGCUGUGAAUAUUUCUGCAAUAGCAAGCGGACAAACAUAGUGGAAACCGGAAAACGAAUGACUUACUGUCUACCUGAUGACAUAGACGCUGUAGAACACGUGCAUUCUGUAGUUCUGAACUUUGUGUCUGUAGCAUGAGCAUCCCAUCCCCGUUUCAUUGAUGGGUUCUUUUUCAUGGGUUUGGUAAAGCUUUCUGUGCUGGGCCAGUUGGGUUUUGCGGAUGGAAUUGAACUGCUAAUGCAAAUUCAGCUAUUCCGGAUGGCCUUUUCUUCGGAUUCUACUUCGCGAAUAUGGAAAACAUCGGAGAUGUAAAUUUCUCUCAAUUAAAAAAAACUGAAAGAAAUAUAAAUCUGUGGUGCAGCU